UCAACCAUAACUCCACCACAUCUUGCCCUGAGGACUUCUUCAUCCCUUGGCUCAUUGGCGACUCGCGCGCGUACAUCGCCACCUAUGGGGUUGCCCAAUUUAUAAUAAUAAAAAAAGGAACUCUCAGUCUGGGAGGAAAAUAAAGAAGUAAAACAAAACAAAAAAAUAUAUGGCUUAUAUUUUUGGUAACACCAUUGCUUUGAAUAUAAUAGGAAAACACUAUUAUUAUUAUUAUGUUUAAUGCUAAGUUAACGCUGUGUGUCAUUAUAUCAUUGUACAUAAAAAAAAAUAUAUAAAAAAAUGAAAAUAAUUAUUUUUCUUAAAACUUAAAUUCUUACUCGCGUGCCAAGCCCGCGAAACCGGGCAGCGGGCCUAUAUAAGCCGGGGUCUGUGCCCACCGCGCGCACAGCCUGACUCAACUUUGAGUGACAUCCCCAGCAGUGCGUUUUCCUGAGGUAAAUUACUUUUUACUUAACCUAUUUAGUUAAAUGACUUUGUAAAAGUAUGGACCGACAACAAAAGUAAAUGACAUUUAAAACUAUGAAGAAAGAAAGUAAUAAAUUGUAAUUAUAAUAACAAUCCGUCUGAGGGAACAGUUCGUUUUUCUGAGGGUUAUACUACUAAAAUAAAUAGCAGACGUUUUCACUCAUGAAACCAGUUAAAUUGUAGUAAAAAUUGGACUUAUAGAAAUUUUUCUUUUCCGUUAAUUGUAUCACAUUUCACGAAGACGAUUUUCCGUCGUUUAAUAUAUAUUUACAGGCCGCUCAUCAGCGCCGUUAAACACCGAAAUGCCGUUACAUCCGUGUGACGUCAUUGCUGAUAGAGCCAAUCCGCUCCGUUUGAGAGACGCUCUUUCAUUUUAGAGUUAUGUCAUGUUAACAUUACUUCAAAAGAGACCAAUCAUACAAUUAUUCUUAAUAAUAUCUUCAUUAUUCACAAUUGUAUGGAAAGUAGUGCGUUGUCAGGUUUAACCGCGAGCGCGUAAACCCUUUCUCUAACACACGCUGGCGCAUGCACUUAGAGAGAGAGCGAGAGAGAGACAGACAGAGAGAGAGAGAGAUAAAACUCAUAAGCCUUGACACCUUUAUAGAAAUCGGUGAUUCUCAAGAAUGAAAAUGCAUUUUUACUUUGGCUUAUUUGUUAGUGGGCUGUAAGGUCUCAUCAGAAACAUUGCUCUGCAUUCUUCUUCUUAUCAUGCUUUAUUAAAUAAUAUUAUACAUAUCCAUCAGAGACUAUAAACUUUGGGAUUUAAUAGACUACAGUGAAAUUAAUUAUCUUCUCUCUCUUUUUCAGUGUCGAUUGCCGUCUUAUUGUUGUAAGUGGAGUCAACGCCAUUUCUUAUUUGCCAGAUUUAUCACAACAUGUUUAAUCAAUAAUCACUGAUGAAAGUGAAAACAUAAUGUGUACAGAUAUAUCUCACUCAUAUGCGUUGUUCUUUUUCUCUGUUUUCUUGUUUGUCUACAGUAGCUACAUACACCACAACGGCUCUUUUAAGAGCCACAUCUUGAGAACGUCUUGGACUUUCAGCUACAUACACCACAACGGCUUUUUUAAGAGCCACAUCUUGAGAACAUCUUUGACUUUAAAGUUCUCUACAGUCAACCACACUCACUCAACAACGUUAUCCACAGUUCACACUUGAUCAAAACCAAGGUUGUUCCAGCUAAAAUAAAACAACAACAAAAAGAACAUGUACCUGAUAGUGGAGUUUGUCGGAGAAGGGAGUACCGGUCCUGUAGCAAAGUCCUGGUACUCAGAUGGCCACUCAUGGUGGCCUCCAUACAAAGACUUGGACCGGUUACUAAAGAGCGUCAGGUUGAUGGAGGCACCACAGCCAGAUAAGGGUUGGACCAAGCAUCAGGCCAGAAUUCUACAUGAGUCGGCAUCAUUUGACAACAUUUCCAAAAAAUGGAAAAGGGCAUGCUACACUUCUGACAUCUCAGAAUCUGAACAUUCUAUAAAAAGAAUUCACAAAAAGAAAACAUUCUCAUCAGAUGAUGAGCUUCAUGAAACCCCCAACAAAAAAGUUAAAAUGAAUAGAGACAAAAAUCCACCUACACCAAAAAUCCAGCCCGCACCAAAAGUCCCGCCUGCACCAAAACCUCCAGCACCUCUAAAAUACAUCAAGACAAAAGGUCCUGUUGUACGACCUCUGCUUACAACAAGCAAAGCAGUGAACUCUUUCAGCAAUUCAUUUGUUAAUCACCACCAAAGGGCCAUGGAGAAGCCAGAGCAGGCCCGUUUUGAGACUUUCCCCAGCUGUCAAGUUCCAUCAUUGUCAGCUCCAGAUGUUCCCGUGAGCUUCUCCCAGGCAGAUGAGCCACAAGAUCAUUGGGGUGGACACUCACCUGACAUUCAAGAGAAUGCAUUUUCUUUGCUGAGACCUUCAAGUUCCAAGCAAGAAAGAACACAGCACCGCCAGCUGGAAACUUGGGAAGAACACCCAUCUAUCACUCAAGAGAACAAAUUCUCUGCCUUAAGACUCUCUCAAGACCAAAGACUAUCAACCACACAACAAGGAAAAAUGCAAACUGUUCCAGUGAGCUUGUCCAAUGAAAAUGAGCAAGAAGAUGCUUGGGAUGAACACCCAUCUAACUUUCAAGAGAACACAAUCUCUGAACAAAGAUCCUCAAGUACUCACCAGCCAAGAACAAAUAGUGCUUCUGGUGUGAGACGAUGGAGCUGCAUCACUAAUCAAUGUACACCUGUUGAGAGGACAAUUCUGGAGGCACUUAAUGAACUGGACAUGAAGAUCAAUCAUCUGACUUCAGUGGUCCAGUCCCUUGCAGCAAACAACCGUUCCAGUGCUCCAGUGGUGGACAGCGAAGAUGAGGUCUUUCCUCUCACAACCAUGGAGGAACUAGACAAACUGGAAAGAAAAUUAUCAGAGAAAGCAAUGAUGCAAAAGAUGGUGAACAGGUUAUCCAUCAGUGGAGGACACACACUGAAGAAAACAAUAUGGAGAAUAUGCUCCAAGGUGUUUGGUCCUGUAGCCAAACAACUAAACUGGUGUGGUAGGGGAGAAAAGCGAGGGAUCAGGAAAACAAACCUAGGAGCACUCCUAAUAGGAGCAGCUAUGAAGAAUCCCGUGCUUCCGUCGCCAACUGAAGCAGAGGCUGAAAAACACAUUAAGGAUUAUCUCCGCUUGGCCCCAGGGAGAAUGCCUUGUUAGUCAACUUGAUUUUUUGUUGUUUGUUUGGUUGGUUCAGGAUUAAAAUAAUAAUAAUAAUAAUAACAUAAACGACUGCUUAUUUUCAUUCACUGUUAAUAAAAGGAUACAAAUCAUUCAACAG